AUGAACAGAGAAAAGAGGAAACGAGAGAAUCAGAGGGUCGAUGGAGACAGAGGACAGUGGGCCAGUAAAGCCGAGUAUCUUCUGGUCGUUGCUGGAAAUGUGGUCGGUUUGGGCAACGUCUGGAGAUUUCCUUACCUCUGCUACAAGAACGGUGGAGGCGCCUUCCUGGUGCCGUACUGCCUGUUAGCUGUGGUGUGUGGGAUUCCUCUGUUUCUACUGGAGACUGCCAUGGGUCAGUACACGCAGGAGGGAUUCAUCACCUGCUGGAGGAAGCUCUGUCCGCUGGCCCAGGGGAUUGGAUAUGGAUAUUUCAUGAUGAAGCUUUACGACUUCAGCUACGUUCUAGUCCAAGUCUGGGCUAUUUUCUACCUGGUGUUCUCGUUCCGAUCUGAGCUCCCGUGGGCCAACUGUGACAACCACUGGAACACAGAUAACUGUGUCGCAUGGAAUGUGACGGGAGCAUGGAAUGUGACGGGAAAUCUGAACUACACCUCCUCUUCUGCGUCUGAGUUCUGGGAACGGCGGGUGCUGGGCAUGUCUGGGGGGAUCGAGGAGCUGGGCAGCGUCAGGUGGGAGCUGGCUCUGUGUCUUCUGGUCAGCUGGGUGUUCUGCUACUUCAGUAUCUGGAAAGGCAUCAGAUCCUCUGGGAAGGUUGCAUACUUCACAGCUACGUUCCCCUACUUGAUGCUCUUCAUCCUGCUCAUCAGAGGCCUGACUCUCCCUGGAGCUUGGGAUGGGAUCUACUAUUACCUGUAUCCAGAUGUGAAGAAGCUGGCUAACCUUGAGGUGUGGCUAGAGGCCGGAUCUCAGAUCUUCUUCUCCUACAGCCUGACGAUAGGGACUCUCAAUGUCCUGGGCAGCUACUGUAGCUACAACAACAACUGUUACAAGGAUUGUUUUUGGCUGUGUCUGCUGAACAGUGCGACCAGUUUUGUUUCUGGAUUUGUCGUCUUCUCGGUUCUUGGCUUCAUGGCUCAGAAACAGGGCGUGACCGUCGACAAAGUGGCCGAAUCAGGUCCAGGUUUGGCCUUCAUCGCCUACCCACAAGCCACAGCUAUGAUGCCUCUGCCACAGCUGUGGACUGUGUGCUUCUUCCUGAUGCUCAUCCUGUUGACUGUCGACACACACUUCGUGACGGUGGAGAGCGUCAUCACCUCGGUGAGCGACUUGUUUCCGAAGCUGUUUCACGCUCGAGGGAGACACGAGGUCUUUGUCCUCGUCAUAUGUCUGUCCUUCUUCCUCCUGCACCUGACCCUCGUCACUGAGGGAGGCAUUUACGUUUUCCAGCUGAUUGAUUAUUACGGUUGCACCAGAGCCUGCCAGGACUUCAUGGCUGUAGCCCAGUGUGUAGCUAUGGCCUGGAUAUUUGGUGCUGACCGCUUCAAUGACGCCAUCAAGGACAUGACGGGACAGAGGCCGUUCAUUUUCUUCAAGCUGUGCUGGAAAUACAUCGUUCCUCUGCUGUCACUGAUUUCCUUCAUCCUGUACAUGGUGGAUUACAAACAACUGAAGGUUAACGACAGCUACACCUACCCUGACUGGGCGUACGGCCUGGGCUGGGCCAUGACCCUCUCCUCUGUUCUCAUGGUGCCUCUGUGGGCAGCUGGACUCAUGUGUGUCACACCUGGAAGCUUCACACAGCGCUUGUCGGUGCUCUGCCGUCCGGCUGAAGCUCCAAGCCGCCAGACUGAAGGUGGGAAACUGAGUGAGGACGAGGUGACUGUUGAACUGAGGUCGACUGCUGCCACAACUUAA